UCUCGUCGCCCACACCACACCAAACCAGACCAGGAAAGAAAUCCAGAGGGGAGCAGAGCAAGCGAGGGGAAUAAAGCAGAGGAGGGGAGAGAGAGGUAGCAAGAACGCCAUGGCCUCCGCUGCUUGCUAGCUAGCUAGCCAGCCAGCCAGUAGUAUAUAAGGAGCGGCACCGCCCGUGCGACCCAGGCCCCAAGGCAGUCGUCUCAUGCUCCGGUCCACGCAUCCCCUCAGCCCCAGCAGCGGCGGCAGCGGAGGUAGCAGCCCGGCCCCGGCGUCCAGCUCCGGCGAGGCGAUGGUGGGGGGCGCGCCGAGCGGGGCGAAGCUGCUGCAGAUCCUGAACGUGCGGGUGGUGGGCACCGGCGAGCGCGUGGUGGUGCUGUCGCACGGCUUCGGCACGGACCAGUCGGCGUGGAGCCGCGUGCUGCCGUACCUCAUCCGCGAGCACCGCGUGGUGCUCUACGACCUCGUCUGCGCCGGCAGCGUCAACCCGGACCACUUCGACUUCCGCCGCUACAACAACCUGGACGCUUACGUGGACGACCUGCUCGCCAUCCUCGACGCGCUCCGCAUCCCGCGCUGCGCCUUCGUCGGCCACUCCGUCUCCGCCAUGAUCGGCAUCCUCGCCUCCAUCCGCCGCCCCGACCUCUUCGCCAAGCUCGUCCUCAUCGGCGCCUCGCCUAGGUUCUUGAACGACAGCGACUACCACGGCGGGUUCGAGCUGGAGGAGAUCCAGCAGGUGUUCCAGGCGAUGUCAGCCAACUACGAGGCGUGGGCCAAGGGGUACGCGCCGCUGGCGGUGGGCGCGGACGUGCCGGCGGCGGUGCAGGAGUUCAGCCGGACGCUGUUCAACAUGCGGCCGGACAUCUCGCUGCACGUCUGCCAGAGCGUGUUCAAGACGGACCUCCGCGGCGUGCUGGGCAUGGUGCAGGCGCCGUGCGUGGUGGUGCAGACCACCCGCGACGUCUCCGUGCCGGCCAACGUCGCCGCCUACCUCAGGGCCCACCUCGGCGGGCGCACCACCAUCGAGCCCCUGCCGACGGAGGGCCACCUCCCCCACCUCAGCGCCCCCAGCCUCCUCGCCCAGGUGCUCCGCCGCGCGCUCGCCCGGUUCUAGCACCAGAAAAAAGUAAAAGAGAGAGAAGAAAUUACUGCCGCUCUGGUCUACUCCUAUGGAUGAGUGUAACGCGUGGCGGUCGGUUGUCCACGUCGUGCAUGGCCCAUCCUAUCACCAUGGACAUGGAGUAUCGUGUAGCGCGGAUAACGAAGUUGACCUAGCUCCCAUCUAGGAGCCGAGCCGAGCGUACGCGUACCGAACUGGCCCCGGCGGUGACUCGUACUACGCGAUCAUCUUGUCAUCUGCUCGGGCGUGACAAGACAUUCGCAGGCAGCGGCGUGUCGCGCUGCUCCACUGCACCUACCAGACUACUUUACUGGGUUUAUUAUCCAGCCACUAUCUCCGAGAAAUCUCAUUUUGUAACAUCAAGUUGCACGGGGUACGUACGUACUCUUUGAUUAGGAAAAAGAUAGGCUUGGUCUAA